AUUUAAGGUACGGCGCCAAAUUUCAAUUUUUUCUUGGCGAUAUAUCGCCAAAUAUGGUAAACCCUGCUUGACCGGUGGCUAUCCUAUUACAACCCUAAAUUGGUCUGUUCUGCAAGGGUCAGGGGUUGGAGAUAUCCCAGUCCAGGUCAUUCUAGCUCAAGCCAGGCUUCUUUCCAUAUUGCUAUGUUGGAGGUAGCCCACACCGAGCGGGAACUCCGUCAAUCAUUGCUAUCUAAUUCGCUCUUUUCGACUUGUCUCGCCGUUAGGGUGUUCCUUUCGUCGAUAGGGUUAGUUUGCGAACACGUGCUUCUCGUGUUGGGUGCUGUCGCUAAAAAUUGCCUCGUUUUCAAAUCCAAAAAAAAUUCGAUGACGAUGCUGGUUUGUAUUAUGACUAGAUUGUUUAUGCUCAGAGUGGUUUGAUUAGAGAUCAUCGGAUAGCAGAUCUAUCUUUGAAUCUAGAUCUGCUAACCGAUACAGAUCCAACAUGGAAGUAGGUUGGUUGGUUGAUGGAGUUUAUUGGCGCAAGAACCAUUUCUGAUUAAACUGUGCCAAAACAAGGAAGUAGGAAAGCUUCCAUUAUGACAAAUUUAAUAUAUUGCCUUCAGUUCUGGUAUUGGGAAAAGUCUUUCUGAAUAGUACAAGAUGCUUUGAUAUGUACUAAUUUAAAUGCUUGAUGAUAAAGAGAAUUUUGCCCUACAGGAGGAAGAUUCUUCUUUGUGUUCAUACCAAUAUUUACAAUGCUUAAUAAAGAAAAAUUCUCUAUUGGAAGCCUUAUCCCUGUUGUGGGACUCUCUACCACCAAGUCUGAAGAAAGGAAAGACACGAGUAACAAAAAGAGAAGCUCUGAGUAUUAUAUUAAAAAACAUAAGAAAGCUACCCAAUUUAUUAAACAAAUGUGACUCUUUAUUAGAAGAUAAUAAACUAAAGGAUAAUAAAUUGAAAGAAUUGGAACUUGAAUAUGAAUCUUUAUUGGAUGAAAAGGAACUGUUAACAAAUACGGAGACAUUUUUAUCAAAGGAAAGGGCUCGAUAUGCAAAGAAAGUUGCCGAAGCAGAAAAGAAGAUAAGCAAUUAUCAACGAACUUUUAAACGAAUUAAAUCAUUGGUUUUUGAAUUAGAUCUGGAACUGAAUUCGAGAAACAGCCACAAUUCAAGAACUUUAGGUGAAGAGAAUCAUUUUAUUCAUUUUGGAAAUAGAAGGAGAGCUCGUCGUUUAAUUUUACGAUUAAAACGCCUAGUAAAUACUAUAAGCAGUUGGAAUUCAGACAUCUGUAGCAAGGAUGGACAUUCUGUUCCUUUUCUAAGGGAAAAGGAAACUAGAAAGGUAUGUGAAAGACAUUUUAAAGAUGGUGAAGUGCUUUACAGAACUAUUUUCUACAAUGAAAGUACUGGGGACACAUUAUCUUCUCCUCUGAAGAAGUCCCGGCUGAAAGAAAAUGCUGUGCUAAGUAUUUUUCCUGGCUGCCCAACAUAUUUGUUAUCAUCAACAUAAAAAUAAUUGUUUAUUAAUCACAUUUUAAUAGUAUUUCUAUUUUGUAUAUGUACGAGUUCUGAAUAAUUGUUUUUUU